AUGGCUGAGCGCCAGCAUGAUUUUUCUGCACGUUUGGAGGAGUUUACUGCCUCCAACUGGGCAUCGUGGUUCGGCCGGCUACAGUUUUUCUUCGAGGCCAACGAUGUGACUCACCCUGUCAAGCAACGAGCACACUUGCUUACACUGUGCGGUGCUCAAAUUUACGACGUGGUUUGUGCGCUGCUUCAACCGAAGACGCCCGACCAAGUGAGCUAUGCCGAGAUCGUGGCCGCACUUCAGGCACACUACGACCCUCGACCGUCCGAAGUUUACAGUCGUGCGAUGUUCCAAAGGCGAGAUCAGCUUCCAGGCGAGUCGGUAAACGACUACGUGGCCGCUCUACGCAAGUUGGCUACGAGCUGCAAUUUCGGCACGCUGCCGGCGGCAACAACAGCUACGGCGACGCCAGCUGAGGGAACGGCAUCAGCAACACAGCAGGGAGCUACGGGCUGCAAUCCAACGCUUCUGCCGUUAGAUGUGAUGUUGCGCGAUCGCUUCGUGUGUGGUCUCCGGAACCAGAAUCUUCAACAGCGACUGUUUGCAGAGAAGGAUCUGACUUUUUGCAAGGCUUAUGAUUUCGCUAUUCGAGCGGAAAGCGCCGUCCAACAGCAACGACAGAUAAAAGCGGAUCAUGCGGAAGUCAACAAGGCGGCUACGCGCGCCGGCGACAGCACUUCGACGUCCAAGACGCAUUCUCACCAAGCGCAACGCUGCUGGCGUUGCGACGGUUCGCACAGUCCCAAGACGUGUAAGUUCAGCACAACUAUUUGCAAUUACUGCCGGAAACAAGGGCACAUUGCCAAGGCUUGUAUUUCUAGGAAGAAGGCUGAGAAAAAGACAUACCAGCGUAGCAUCUCCUUAGAAACUUCACGGACUGCGGAAGUGGCUAACGAAACCAAACAUGAGAUUUCAACGUUGCAUGACCUCUGUGCAGUGGCAGACGGAUUCAGCACCCCGAAGUUUACCCUGACGCUGACAGUGCACGGCAGACCUGUGACUUUUGAGGUCGACUCCGGUGCAGCGUGCACCAUGGCUAGCAGAGAGACAUUUCAAACCGUAUGGCAUGCACACCCACCCUCUCUGAGGCAGGACGACAUACAUCUGCGCACCUGGUCAGGUCAGCAACUGCAGGUUGUCGGAACGGCAACAGUAAUGGUUCGUCACAAGAACACAGCUUGCAAGCUACCACUUCUCGUAGUCGAGGGCACUGGAUGCAGCUUGUUGGGACGCAAUUGGUUUGACAAGCUGGGCAUCGAGCUUCACGGCAUUCACCAGACAUCGGAGGAAGGCAGUUUGACCGAGUUGCUACAGAAGCAUGAAGACAUUUUUCGUGAAGACACCACAGGACACACGGGUGCGCCAGUGAAUCUGGAACUGAAGGAAGGGGCAAGCCCCAAGUUUUUGAAGGCACGGCCUGUGCCCUUUGCCAUGCGCGCAUCAACUGAGGCACAGAUUGACAAGUACGUAGAAGACGGUAUUUGGGAGCCAGUCCAACACUCAGACUGGGCUACACCGCUAGUAUGGGUGCGCAAAAAAGAUGGAAGCUUGCGCGCCUGCGGUGACUACCGCUGUACAGUGAAUGAAGCUGCGAAAAAGGCUUCAUACCCCCUGCCCACAACAGAGGAAGUGUUUAGCACUUUGAAAGGUGGCCGGGUGUUUAGCACCUUGGACUUGGCUCAAGCUUACACUCAACUUCAUGUGACUCCAGCGACAGCACAGAUUCUCACAGUAAACACUACAAAAGGGCUGUACAAGGUAAACAGGCUUCCUUUUGGUGUUUCAGCAGCCCCAGCAAUUUUCCAGCGGUUUAUGGAGACCACUUUGAGCGGCUUGCCGGGAGUUUGUGUCUACCUGGACGAUAUCAUCGUGACUGGAGCAACCGCGCAAGAGCACAAGGACCGCCUAGCGUCAGUUCUCCAGCGGCUGGCUCAGGCAAACCUACGAUUGUGCAAAUCCAAGUGUCAGUUUGGUGUGGCAGAGGUUAAAUUCCUGGGUCACAGGAUUGAUGCAGCAGGGAUUCACACAUCUGAGGAAAAAGUGGAAGCUAUCGUGAAGGCACCAGCGCCCACAAGUAAGCAGACACUGCAGUCAUUUUUAGGCAUGUUGGCCUUCUAUGAUCGAUUUCUAGAGCGUCGUGCUACAGUUGCAGCAACCCUGUAUGAACUUCUGGCUAAGGACAAGACUUGGAAAUGGGAGCAAAGGCAUCAAAGGGCGUUUGAUGAGCUCAAACGUUGCUUGUUGUCGAGGACUGUCUUGUCACACUAUGACGAAACCAAGCCCCUCUUGAUUUCGUGUGAUGCUUCACCUUAUGGUGUAGGUGCCGUGCUUGCUCAGCUGGACAGCCAAGGCAGAGAGGCACCGAUUGCGUUUGCAUCCCGGACAUUGGGUGCUGCUGAUAGUAACUAUGCACAACUUGACCGUGAAGGUCUUGCUGUAGUCUUUGCAGCCACACACUUCCACAAGUACAUUGUGGGUCGAGAAGUCACGUUCGUGACUGACCACCAGCCGUUACUGGGGAUUUUCGGACCACGGAAGCCGGUACCAGAAAUGCUUUCGCCCCGAAUGAAAAGGUGGUGCCUUAAACUGUCAGCAUACAACUACAACCUCCAGUAUCGUGCCGGUAGUCGUCAUCAGAAUGCAGAUGCGCUGAGUAGACUGCCUCUGCCAGACCGCAUUGAAGAGCCUAACCCACCUGGAGACGUGCUCAUGUUCGAGGCGUUACCACGACCGCCGUUGACAGCUGAGGUUGUGGCCACACUAACGCAAGAGGAUCCAAUCCUAGCAGAGGUAUUUUCAGCAGUACAGAAUGGCACCGUGCAGCGUCUGCAGGGAGACAGUUUCACCCCAUACCGCAGAAGAGCCACUGAACUUGCUAUCCAUCGAGGAUGCAUCAGCUGGGGCUCAAGAAUUGUCAUACCGGCAGGAGCACGAGAACAGGCCAUUUCAUUAGUUCACGCAGGCCAUCGUGGAAUUGUAGCCAUGAAAGCUUCUGCGCGUAGUUAUCUUUGGUGGCCUGGCUUGGAUGCCGAGAUCGAAACAACUGUCAAGUCAUGCGACCAGUGCCAGCGCACCCAGAGCGAUCCAAAAAAGGCUCCAGUUCCAAAUUGGACGCAGCCAACGACACCAUGGCACACAUUGCACGUGGACUUUGCAGGUCCGGUAGAAGGACAUACCUUUUUGGUUGUUGUCGACGCUUUCACCAAGUGGGUGGAGGUGCGAUUGGUGAACAGCCCAGCAUCAACAGCAGUCAUUAGUGUGCUGCGCUCUUUGUUUGCCACAUUUGGCAUACCACGCAAGGUUGUGUCGGACAAUGGGUCUGCAUUUGUGUCUUCCGAGAUACAAGACUUCUACCAGAGAAAUGGCAUUCGAAGCGUAACGUCAGCCCCUUACCAUCCUGCUACAAACGGGCAAGCAGAACGUUAUGUUGGAGAACUGAAGAGGGCACUGGCCAGAGAACCAUCCGGUUCGCUCAGUGCUCGCUUGUCACGUUUCCUGUUUCGGCAGCAUACCACUGUACAUCAGUCAACCGGGCUAACACCAGCUAAAGCCAUGUUCGGGCGGGAGCUGCCAAACCAGUUGGACCUCAUCAUUGCAUCGGAUGGACAGGAGGCUGCACAAGCUGACCUACCCAAGAGUCGUCAACUCAUGCAAGGAGAAGCCGUAUGGGUAAAACAAUUCGGCAAGGGGCCAGACUGGACAGAAGGAACUCUCGUUAAAAGGAUGGGCCACAGAUCCUGGCUUGUGAAAUGCGCAGGAAGAAUUGUGAGACGCCAUCUAAACCAGCUCAGGAAGCGCCCCGGCGAAGUUAGGCUGGACAGACAAGCCUCAGCAACGCUCACGUGGGGCAUGGACAGUAAUCACACCAGCUAUGCCAUCUUCACGUCCACUCGAAUCCGAAUCGAGCAUACCGAAACGACCAGCACGGAUCAGACGGCAGCCUACUUGGUACAAGGCAUCCUUCUAAGGGGGGAAAAGUGUUGUGUCCGUGAUUAG